AUGGUGGGAAGAUUGCCUGUUAGAGAGAGGCUGCAGAAGUUUCAAAUCUGUCAAGAGAUGGAUUGUGUAGUGUGUGGAGCUGGUGUAGAAAAUAUACAGCAUCUAUUCUUUGAGUGCUUGUAUAGCAGUAGAGUGUUACAAGAAGUGAAGAAAUGGCUACAGUGGAGGACACCAGCUACUUCGAUUCAAGGUCUAAUGAGUAACAUAAGACAUAGUAAGCACAGCAGCUUUAAAAAAGGAGUUCUCAUUGUCACAUUGGCUGCUAUGAGCUACCAGAUUUGGCUUAACAGAAAUGAAGUCCUAUGGCAAUUUAGAUGUAAACAAGCAGGUUCAAUUGUACAAAAUAUUAAAAAUGUGGUCAGAUAUAGGAUAAAUGGAAUUACGUACAGGGGACUAACACCUAGAGAUAUGACUUGGUUUGAUCAAUUGUAA